AUGGCGGGCACUAUGCAUGGCCUUGACUGGCUUUUUGCCAUUGGAACCUUGUUUUUUCUGUUGUCCGCUUGGAGUCUCGGCGCCAACGAUGUCGCCAACUCCUAUGCUACCUCUGUUAGCUCCAAGUCUUUGACAUUGGUCCAGGCUGGAUGUCUCGCUGUCGUCACCGAGUUCAUCGGUGCCAUCGCACUCGGCCAAAAGGUCACCGCGACUAUCCGCAAGGGUGUCUUUGACCUCGAGCCCUUCCUUGAUUCCCCGGGUACCCUGAUUCUUGCCAUGGUCAUUGCCGAGGCUGGCUCUGCCCUGUGGUUGACGGCCUGCACUCGCAUGGGAUUUCCAGUGUCGACAACCCAAAGUCUCGUGGGUGCCCUCGUCGGCGUCGGCAUUGCUCUUGACCUUCAAGUCAAGUGGGACUGGGAGAGCAACAGUGUCAGCCAGAUUGCAGCUUCAUGGGGUAUCGCACCACUAAUCGGUGCUGGCUUUGGUGCUGUUAUCAUGCUAAGCAUCCGCGUCCUCGUCCACGACCGCAAGAACCCCAUGAAGAUGGCCCUGUAUGUUCUUCCAUUCUACUAUGCACUGACCGCUGGUGUUCUAUCCCUCUUCAUCAUUAUGGAUGGCGGUCAUGGCAUCCCCACACCUGAAGAGAUGGGUACUGGCAAGAUCUGUGGUAUCAUUCUUGGCGUCUUCGCCGGUGUGUGGAUCAUUUCGGCUGUCUUCUUCCUGCCCUAUUUCCAUGCCAAACUCGUCAAAGAGGACAGCCGCCUUCGGUUCUGGCAUAUCCCAAUGGGCCCCCUGCUCUGGAAGGAAGAAUACAGCCUGUACUGGCCAGGCUCUUCCACCGUGCCUGUCACUAUCGACUACUAUGCCACCGAUUACAUCAAGAAGGACGACGAAAUUUCGGAGUCGAACACACGCACCGAGUCCUCUGACAAUGCGGCGCACCAGAAAGGUCCAUUGGAGAACCCGGCUGAAGAGAACAACGUUCGCGCUGCUAGUGAACACCCACAAGCAGCCGUCGACGAGAAGCGACAAAGGUCUCUCGAGGCUAUCGACCGAUUGCCCUGGAUGCACCCCAAGCGUCUGUUUGCGACUGCUAAGCUUGUUCUCACCUACGGCAUCACCCGCGACGUCAUUCACCACCAGAGCAAAGGCUUGGAAGAUGUUCAUGCGCGUGCUCCUCAAUUUGACAACAAGGUUGAGCAUCUCUGGACCACGGCCCAAGUUUGCUCUGCCAUGAUCAUGUCCAUUGCCCACGGCGCCAACGACGUGUCCAAUGCCAUUGGCCCCUUCACCACUGAGUACAUGACCUGGAAGAGCGGAGUGACAAGCGCCAAGACAGACACGCCCACCUGGAUCAAGGCCGUUGGUGGUCUGACCCUCGGCGUUGGGUUUUGGACAUUCGGCUACUUCAUCAUUCGCAACCUUGGAAACCGUAUCACCAAGCACUCGCCCAGCCGUGGCUUUGCCAUGGAGCUUGGAGCGGCUAUCACUGUCCUUCUGGCUUCCAAUUACGGUCUGCCAGUUUCCACGACGCAGUGUAUCACUGGAGGUGUUGUUGGUGUCGCUCUGGUCAAUUGGGACCUCAAGUCCAUCAAUUGGAAGCAGCUCGGCAAGAUUUUCCUUGGAUGGUGUUUGACUGUUCCUUGCGCAGGACUUGUGGCUGGCAUUAUCAUGGGGAUGGCGAUCAAUGUCCCUCAGUGGAAUCACUGA